CCCGAGAGCUAAAGCUAAACUGCAUAGUUAUUAAUACAACUUAGCAUAACUAUUUAUUUAUCGAUAAAGCUAUCGAUAAUCCAUCCCUCCAGACUCUAUCUAUCAGUCAUAUCGAUAGCUAUUUACAUAGUACCAGGUAGCUUAGCUUAAUAUCCCACCUUCCCGACCUGACAUCACACACCUAGUUAGUCCCUUGCCGGCUUCGGCCCUGACAUUUAUUUAUUGAUUUAGUUUUAUACGUCCCUACCCACCCUUCCUACGUACCUACCUACCUAACCUAAGGUACAUACAAUUAGUCAAGGGGCCAAAUAUCUUCCACCUCUACCUCCACCUAGUUAACCCUCCCUUCCUUUACCUUCCUCCCCUCUCUUCUUUCCCUCCUCCUCCUCCUCCACAUCCUCCCAAUGUCCGCCCAACCCCCGCAGCAAACCCCCUUCGCCACGGCCCUCCUCGCCGGCGGCAUAGCCGGCACCACCGUCGACCUGUCGCUGUUCCCGCUCGACACCCUCAAGACCCGCCUGCAGUCGCGCGAGGGCUUCUUCCCGUCCGGCGGCUUCCGCGGCAUAUACCGGGGCGUCGGGAGCGCGCUGGUCGGGAGCGCGCCCGGCGCCGCCUUCUUCUUCUGCACGUACGAGGGCGUCAAGGGCGCGCUGGAGAGGCGCCGGCGAGAGCGCGCUGAGAUGCGGAGGAGCACCACUACGACGACGACAGGUGGCGGAAGUAAUGACCCGAUACAUGGAAAUCCCCCCGAGAACAACCCCUGGGAACCCCCCCUCGAACACAUGCUCGCAGCGACCCUCGGCGAGGUCGCCGCGUGCGCGGUGCGCGUGCCCACCGAGGUCGUCAAGCAGCGCGCGCAGGCCGGGCUGCACGGGGGCUCGAGCGCGGCGGCGCUGGGCGCGAUCCUAUCGCGGCGGCGGGACGUCGGGCUGGCGGGGGUGUGGCGGGAGCUGUACCGCGGGUGGGGCAUCACGGUCAUGCGCGAGGUGCCCUUCACCGUCAUCCAGUUCCCGCUGUGGGAGGCACUGAAAAGUUGGGGUCGCCGCCGCCAUCAUCAUCAACGGAGAAGUGGUGGUGGUGGUCUGGACCGAAACGUGGAGGUGGGCGCCGGCGAGAGCGCGCUGUACGGCAGCGUGUCGGGCGCCGUGGCGGCGGGCGUCACGACGCCGCUGGACGUCAUCAAGACGCGGGUCAUGCUGUCCAAGGAGCGCGAGAGCGUCUUCGUCGUGCUGAAGGAUCUGCUAGCGAACCACGGGAUACGGCCUUUCUUCGCCGGCAUAGGGCCUAGGGUCAUGUGGAUCAGCGCCGGCGGCGCGAUAUUCCUCGGGAGCUACCAGUGGGCUGUUAAUGCCCUGCAAGGGAAUGUUCUAUGAUACUCAGACAAAUGAUAUGAUACGAUACCCCCACCGCCACCACCUAACAAAAAAAAAAAAAACGGACCGGACCUGGAACGAAAAAGAAUUUUGCGGUAAAUCGAGGUUGAACUACUAGGACAGUCCUCGCUGUAUAUAAAAACGCUUGGGGAGGGGGUAUGUA